CUCCUGGGGAAGUGAAAGUGGAGGGGAGUUCGCUAGCUGUGCUCGGCGCCCUGCACCCCCUUGCUCCCGCGGGUCUGGAGCCGAAGCACCCCCUCCCUCCGGCUCAGGUCACGCGACGGCCGGCGCUGCUGCCGUCACGUCCCCGGCGGCCGGCGCACCAGUCCCCCGCGCUGCUGCCCCUUCCUCAGCAGCCUCCCGCUCCGCGCGCCCUCUGCCCCAGCCGGAACUUCCCUUGUGGGCUUGUGGGCGUUGGGACCCCGAGUGGCGCCGGUGCCCCUUGCCUUCCCCAGGGAGCAAGGGCUGCCUCGUGCAGGGCUCUUCCCUGGCUGGGUGAGGGAGGCUCGGGUGCACAGGUCCUGCGGAUGGGGCCCACCCAAGGGCUCCUGCCUGCUGCCAGGGGCAUAGGGCGCCCAUUCUCCUGCAGUGGAUGAGGGAUGGGGCUGUGCCCCAGAGCUAAAUCAGGAGGCUGACGCUGACUCCUGACUUCACCUUCCAGACGUGGAGGCUAAAUUUAGCUGGAGUCGGGAUGUGUGUGUUUGUGUGUCCUGGGGCCAGGUUGAUGAGAGAGCCCUCCUGUCCAUGAGGUUCCUUUGUGACCCCUUCUCUGGGGAAGCGUGGGAGGCUAAAUAGGAUUGUACAUCCUGGAGCCAGUCUGAGCCUCCUCAGCUUUGCUCGGGGUCCUGUAGUCUGGAGUUCCACUUGGCAUGAUGCUGUGUUGAUAUCUUCAACAGUACCCUGCCCACAGACACCACCACCACCACCACACACACAUCACCACACACACACACACACACACACACACACACACACACACACACACACAUAGGCUGACUUCCGCUGAGCUGCAGCUUCCCCUUCACUGUUCCAGGAAGUCACCUCCCUUUCCCUCUGAAGCGCCCCCCACGCCUCUGCUGCAAGCCACCCACCAAGCUCUUGCCCAGCUUCUGCACCCUGGGGCUCCCCAGGACCCUUGGGCUCCUACUCUCUGGGGUUGGGCCAUGGAGGCAGAUGCAGUGAGUGAGGAGGGGGCCAUGGCGGAGGAGCGGCCCCCCCGGCUGGUGGAUUACUUCGUGAUAGCUGGGCUUGCAGGGAACAGAGCACCCAUCCCUGAGGAAACAUGGGUUCCUGAGCCCAGUGGGGCCCUGCGCCCUCCCCGGCCAGCGGAGCCCAUCACAGAUGUGGCAGUCAUCGCUAGGGCGCUGGGCGAGGAGGUGCCCCAGGGCUACACAUGCAUCCAGUCUUCUGCCGGGGGCCACCCCUUGGAACUCAGUGCCGGGCUCCUGGGUGGAACUCAGCCCGUCAUCUGCUACCGCAGGGGCCGUGACAAGCCCCCCCUCGUGGAGCUAGGGGUGUUGUAUGAGGGGAAGGAACGUCCCAAGCCUGGCUUCCAAGUGCUGGACACAACACCCUAUAGCCACUCCGCCAACCUGGCCCCUCCAGGCCCUGGGCACCCCCGCACCUACCUCACUUACCGACGGGCAGCAGAAGGGGCGGGGCUGCAUGCCUUGGGCAUCACUGACCUCUGUCUGGUGCUGCCCAGCAAGGGCGAGGGCACUCCUCAUACUUACUGCCGACUGCCCCGCAACCUCAACCCUGGCAUGUGGGGCCCAGCAGUGUACCUGUGCUACAAGGUGGGCCUGGCCAAGGCCAACACGCUGGUGUACGAGGCAGAGCUGCUGGGCCGCUACCCUGAGGAGGACAAUGAGGCGUUCCCACUGCCGGAGUCAGUGCCUGUCUUCUGCCUGCCCAUGGGGGCCACUAUCGAGUGCUGGCCUACCCAGACGAAGUACCCAGUGCCGGUCUUCUCCACCUUUGUGCUCACGGGUGCAGCUGGUGACAAGGUGUAUGGUGCCGCCCUGCAGUUCUACGAGGCGUUCCUGAGGGACAGGCUGUCUGAGCGGCAGGCGCGGGCCCUGGGCUUGCUGAGCGCUGUGGAGCGGGGCCGGGCCCUGGGGGGCCGAGCGGUGCGCACGCGGCGCGCCAUUGCCGUGCUGUCCCGCUGGCCUGCCUUCCCCGCUUUCCGCGCCUUCCUCACCUUCCUCUACCGCUAUUCGGUCUCAGGCCCCCACCGCCUGCCCUUGGAAGCGCACAUCUCCCACUUCAUUCACAACGUCCCCUUCCCUUCCCCACAGAGACCCCGAAUCCUGGUUCAGAUGUCUCCCUAUGACAACCUGCUCCUCUGCCAGCCUGUGUCCUCACCCCUGCCCCUCAGUGGUGCCAGCUUCCUACAGCUGCUGCAGAGUCUGGGCCCUGAGCUGGCCAUCACGCUGCUGCUGUCCGUGCUCACAGAACACAAACUGCUAGUCCACUCGCUGCGGCCAGACCUGCUCACCAGCGUCUGCGAGGCCCUUGUCUCUAUGAUCUUCCCGCUGCACUGGCAGUGCCCCUACAUUCCGCUGUGCCCACUGGUGCUGGCCGACGUGCUCAGUGCCCCCGUGCCCUUCAUCGUGGGUAUCCACUCCAGCUACUUCGAUCUGCACGACCCCCCUACUGAUGUCAUCUGUGUUGAUCUAGACACCAACACGCUCUUCCAGACGGAGGAAAAGAAGCCCCUCUCCCCUCGGAACCUGCCCCGCAAGCCCUACAAGGUCCUUCUGUCUACACUGACAAACCUGUACCAGCAGCUCGAUCAGACAUACACCGGGCCCGAGGAGGAGGCAUCCUUAGAGUUCCUGCUGACCGACUACGAGGCCGUGUGCGGCCGCCGGGCCCGGUUGGAGCGCGAAGUCCAGGGGGCCUUCCUCCGCUUCAUGGCCUGUCUGCUGAAGGGCUACCGGGACUUCCUGCGCCCGCUCACCAAGGCUCCCUCUGAGGGCUCUCGGGAUGUCGACAACCUCUUCUUCCUGCAAGGCUUCCUCAAAUCCCGGGAGCGCUCCAGCUACAAGCUGUACUCUCAACUGCUGCACACGCAGAUGUUUUCGCAGUUCAUCGAGGAAUGCUCCUUUGGCUCAGCCCGGCACGCCGCCCUCGAAUUCUUUGACUCUUGCGUCGACAAGGUCCACCCAGAGCAGGAUAAGCCGGAAUCCACCACCUUGGUGGAGCUGGAAGAGCUGUCGGGAAGCGAGCUCACCGUCUUUAUCACGCCUCCUGAGGAGCCCCCAGUGCCAGAGGGCAGCGAACCCUCUCCCCAGUACUGCUAUGAUGGGUUCCCCGAGCUACGGGCUGAGCUGUUUGAGUCUCCCCAAGAGCAAGCCGGGGCUCUUCCUGUGCCGGGCCCGUCCCGUAGUGCCCCCAGCAGUCCUGCCCCUCGCCGUACCAAACAGGAGAUGAAGGUCGCACAGCAGAUGGCACAGAAGUCGGCGACUGUGCCAGAGCUUUGGGCCCGGUGCCUGCUGGGGCACUGCUACGGGCUGUGGUUCCUGUGUCUGCCUGCCUAUGUGCGGUCAGCACCCUCUCGGGUGCAGGCGCUGCACACGGCCUACCACGUGCUGCGCCAGAUGGAGAGCAACAAGGUGGUGCGGCCUGACGAGGUGUGCUACCGGAUGCUUAUGCAGCUGUGCUCGCACUACGGGCAGCCUGUGCUGUCUGUGCGGGUCAUGCUGGACAUGCGGCAGGCGGGCAUCGUGCCCAACACCAUCACCUAUGGCUACUACAACAAGGCUGUGCUGGAAAGCAAGUGGCCGUCUGGUACACCUGGUGGGCGCCUGCGGUGGGCCAAGCUCCGGAACGUCGUCCUGGGGGCUGCCCAGUUCCGCCAGCCCUUGAGAGAACGGUGGCGGCAGCAGCAGCAGCAGCAGCAGCAGCAGCGGCAACAGCAGCAGCAGGCGGCAGCACAAGAGGCGGGCAGCUCCCAGACAGAGCCCUAUCUGGAGCGCCCCUCCCCUACCCGCCCCCUUCAGCGCCAGACUACUUGGGCUGGCCGAAGCCUGCGGGACCCGGCCUCACCCACGGGGCGCCUGGUGAAGAGCGGCAGCCUGGGCAGUGCCCGAGGGGCACAGCCCACUGUGGAGGCUGGCGUGGCCCACAUGAUCGAGGCCUUGGGGGUACUGGAGCCCCGGGGAUCGCCUGUGCCCUGGCACAAUGGAAGCCUCUCUGACCUGAGCCUGACUGGGGAGGAGCCUGCACCUGGAGGCAGCCCAGGGGACUCAGGCUCAGCUCUGAGCACCCAGUCCUCUGAAGCCCUGGAAUGGCCAAGUGGCCGGCUGCCCAAGGCUGGUGGGCGGCAGGAUGAGGCCAGUACCCCCCGACGAGGGCUGGGUGCCCGCCUCCAACAGCUGCUCACCCCUUCCCGCCGCUCCCCUGCCUCUCGAGUUCCCCCGCCUGAGCUGCCUGCUGACCUGCCUCCCCCAGCCCGCGGCAGCCCCCUGGACAGCCUUCUGCACCCCCGAGAGCGGCCUGGAUCCACUGCCUCCGAGAGCUCAGCCUCCCUGGGCAGUGAGUGGGACCUCUCAGAAUCCUCUGUCAGCAGCCUGAGCCUUCGCCGGUCCUCAGAGCGCCUCAGUGACCCACCCGGAUCCUCCCAGACACCUUCCCUGGAAGUUCUGCUGUCUAGCUGCUCCCUGUGCCGCAACUGUGACUCGCUGGUAUACGACGAGGACAUUAUGGCCGGCUGGGCACCUGACGACUCCAACCUCAACACCACCUGCCCCUUCUGCAAGUGCUCCUUUGUGCCCCUGCUCAGUGUCCAGACCUUUGACUCCCGACCCAGCGCCCCCAGCCCAGCCCCAGCUCGUGCCAGCGGCAGCAAAGAUGCCCCUGUCCCUGGGGGCCCAGGCCCUGUGCUCAGUGACCGCAGGUCCUGCCUCGCCCUGGAUGAGCCCCAGCUGUGCAAUGGGCACAUGGGGGGUGCCUCCCGGCAGGUGCAGGAUGGGGCAUGGGCAUACCUGAGCCCCCUGGUGCUGCGGAAGGAACUGGAGUCGUUGGUAGAGAACGAGGGCAGUGAGGUGCUGGCGUUGCCGGAGCUGCCUGCUGCCCACCCCAUCAUCUUCUGGAACCUUCUGUGGUAUUUCCAGCGGCUGCGCCUGCCCAGCAUUCUGCCAUGCCUGUUGCUGGCCUCCUGCAAUGGGCCCCCGCCCCCCCAGGCCCCAUCUCCUUGGCUCACGCCUGACCCAGCGUCUGUGCAGGUGCGGCUGCUGUGGGAUGUCCUGACCCCUGACCCCAACAGCUGCCCACCUCUCUAUGUGCUCUGGAGGACCCACAGCCAGACACCCCAGCGGGUGGCAUGGCCGGGCCCGGCACCUGAGUCCCUGAACCUGGGUUUGCUGGAGUCGGUGCUACGCCAUGUCGGUCUCAGUGAGGUGCACAAGGCUAUAGGGCUCCUGCUGGAAACUCUGGAGUCCCCUCCCACUGGCCUGCACCUCCAGAGGGGCAUCUACCGUGAGCUCUUAUUCCUGACAAUGGCUGUUAUGGGCAAGGACCACAAGGACAUAGUGAACUUCGACAAGAGGUACAAGUCUGCCUUUAACAAGUUGGCCAGCAGCAUGGGCAAGGAAGAGCUGAGGCAUCGGCGGGCACAGAUGCCCACCCCAAAGGCCAUUGACUGCCGAAAAUAUUUUGGAGCACCUCUGGAAUGCUAGGGACCCUUAAAGCUUCCCUCUCCAGCCUGGGAUGGGAGGUGAGGGAAGAAGGAUUCAAGCGAUAACCUGCUUCCCUGUUCCUCUCGUUGAGGAGUUGGGAACGGGCUGGGAAGCGCGCCCGGCCACAGGUUCCCUGUGGGGGCAACCGGAAGAAGGACCCACCAUUACCGAAAGCCCCCACUCCCUGUUUCUAGCCUGUCCAAUAUGCUCAUGCUGACACUGGAGGAGGCCUGGGGGCAGCUGGCACAGCCCCGUCCCUCCCCGCCCCAUCCCAGGCACUCCUCUCCAGGGUACCCACAGACCUGCACUGCCCUGGUCAUUUUAUAAGUUUUUGUUUUAAAAAACAACUGGAAAGCUACAGAGUGUCUGAGCCGUCGCCCUGAAUGGGAGGGAGGGAUGCCAUUCCCUGCCGAGGGCGGUCCCUCUCCCCGGGAAUUGCUGAAGGAGUCCAAGGCUCCCCAUGCCUUUCUACCUUAGCGUUUGUCUUUUAUUUUAAGUUAUUUAUUCGGAGCCACAGCUCCCUUGCUUUUGAGGUUCUUCUGGAUGGUGAGAAAGAGAAGGGAAAUGGGGCACCACGCACGGCCCCUUGAAAGUCAGGAGGUGGGAGCUAGGGGAGUCCUGCGCUCCCCCUAGGAAGAACCGGUGCCCCCUCUAGUGCUCAUCCUUCCUGCCCCUCCCUCCACCGUGGAACGCCUCGGCCACCCAGGGCCCUGACUGUGCAAUAAGGACGAUUCCUCGCGAAGUUUGGUUGGAUGUAAAUAGAGUAAAAGCUGCUUCUGUCUUUUUC